AUGGGAUUAUGGAUUGGAAGAGGCACCGGAGAUUUUCUCCUCUACCUUCUCGUGGGUUUCUCCGUCGCCAUCUUCUCCGUUUCUUACGUCGUAGACACAAACCCUAACCCUCAUAAUCUCUCCUCCUCUUCUCCGCUCUCUGCCACCGAUAAAGUUUGGCCGGAUUUGAAGUUUAGCUGGAAACUAGUGUUAGCUACAUUGAUAGGGUUUCUAGGAUCUGCAUGUGGGACAGUUGGUGGUGUUGGAGGCGGUGGAAUAUUCGUUCCUAUGCUAACACUCAUCCUUGGAUUCGACACAAAAUCAGCAGCUGCUAUCUCAAAAUGUAUGAUAAUGGGAGCAUCAGCGUCAUCAGUUUGGUACAAUGUAAGAGUACGUCAUCCGACAAAAGAAGUACCGAUCUUAGACUAUGAUCUUGCUCUUCUUUUCCAACCAAUGCUUCUUCUGGGCAUCACUGUUGGUGUUUCUCUGAGUGUUGUAUUCCCUUACUGGCUCAUCACUGUCCUCAUCAUCAUUCUUUUCGUCGGUACUUCUUCAAGAUCUUUUUUUAAAGGCAUUGAGAUGUGGAAGGAAGAGACUUUGUUGAAGAACGAAUUGGAGAAACAGCACCAUGGUUCCACGGUUAAUUCUCGUGGAGAACUUUUGAUCGACACAGUGUAUGAGCCGCUUUACCCGAGAGAAGAGAAAUCAGAACUGGAAAUUAUAAAGUCCAACCUCAAGUGGAAACGGCUUCUGGUUCUUGUGACUGUGUGGUUGGCUUUCUUAGUCAUCCAAGUUAUCAAGAACGAAAUCAAGGUUUGCAGCACAACCUAUUGGGUGCUUUUCUGCUUACAGUUUCCAGUUGCUUUCGCGGUGUAUGGAUUUGAAGCAGUGAGGUUGUUCAGAGAGAACAAAAACAGGCUAAUCAAUGGGAACACUGAAUCAGUAUGUGAAGCUACGAUCGAGUGGACUCCUCUUAGUCUCAUCUUCUGUGCUCUCUGUGGGCUCGUUGGAGGUGUCGUAGGUGGUCUCCUCGGAUCAGGUGGUGGGUUUGUUCUUGGCCCUCUACUUCUUGAGAUUGGAGUCAUCCCACAGGUUGCUAGCGCCACAGCAACAUUUGUGAUGAUGUUUUCUUCGUCUUUAUCCGUUGUUGAGUUCUAUCUUCUCAAGAGAUUCCCAAUCCCAUACGCAAUGUAUUUGAUGUCGGUAUCGAUUCUUGCCGGUUUCUGGGGACAGUUCUUCAUAAGAAAGCUAGUGGCGAUCUUGAAAAGAGCUUCGCUUAUCGUUUUCGUUCUCUCAGGAGUCAUCUGUGCCAGUGCUCUCACAAUGGGAGUGAUUGGGAUAGAGAAGAGCAUCAAGAUGAUACAUAACCAUGAGUUCAUGGGAUUCUUGGGAUUCUGCAGCAGUCAGUGA